AUGGCCGAAGUACUCGGGAUCAUCGCCAGCAGCGUCCAAAUCGCAGGGCUCGCAGGACAGAUAGCCGGCAUUGGACUCAAGAUACGGGCACUGUACCAGGAGAUCCAAGGCGCACCCGAGGAGCUCGCUUUCCGCCUGCACGAGAUCCGCCUGCUUGCGGGUAUCCUCAGCCACUCGAACUCGGCCUCGCCGGAUGUCGCGAACUUCUGUGAACGCUGUCUCUCGGAGCUCAGUCUUGUCCUCCUGGAACUGGAGGCACAGGUCACGAAGUCCAGAGGGAUAAGACACAAGGUGGCGUCCACAAAAGUGGUAUUCAAGAAGCAGCUGAUACAGAAGCUCGACGACCGGCUCUGUAGGUCGGUCCAGUUGCUCCAGCUGGCUGCUAAUAGCCACAUGGCGUCGAGCUAUGGCUUGAUACUUCAAAAUCAGGACUUCAUGAUGUCUCUCCUGAAGACCCACUUCAGCCAAGCCGAUGGACCAGUCCGCGCAACGCCAUCGGCCACACUGAAACCAAGCUGUAUCGAUCCCCAAGGAGCCAUGACAAAAGGAAGCAAUAUUCGUACCCAUGGCGGCUCAACAAUCGUUCUAAAAGAUUCAAACAUGUGGAGUUUGAUGCAGACGGUCGAUAGAAGACCGAGGUGGACCUGGACAGUUGGCGUGCCAUUUGUGACAGGAACUCUUCAUUUCGAAAGCAACGACUGCCCAGAUCGGGAUCAUGAUUGCUCCGGCCCUGAUUGUACGGUGACUCAGCGUCGGAAUGAAAAUAUCUUUCGAGAUAUACGGGUCAGAUUCAAGUUUCCUCGUUGGAUGUCUAAUAAAAUGUUGGAGGUAAUUUCCUGCAGAUCGCGCAUCGGAUGGAAACAGUAUAUACGUAUGCGAAACGUUUUCCCACGGCUGGACAACACACCGGAUUCGCCAUUCUACCUAGCAUGCGAAGACAUAUUUUUUGAUGAUAUACAACUUUUGAGAGCCAGAAUUGAGAACCGAGAGGUGACUCCAUGGGAUGAGGACGAGAGGGGCGAAAUGAUGUGGGUAAGAUUACAGGAGAGUCAGAGCUGGCUCGUUCAUGAUAUUGUGGGAUCUGGACAUGUGUUCAUGAGACGUGCUGUCGAAGCGGAGCAGGGUAGGCAGGCCGAGCGUCGAAAACUCCUAGACCGACUUGAUGACGACAAUGGGCUCAAGUUCGCAUUGUUAAGUGGGUUCCAGGGAGCUUUCAAUGAGUUUCAAACUCUCAAGAGCUCAAUCUGGCCCGAUAAGAGCUUCUACCAUCCCGAUUUCUCGCAGCAAAGAAUGCAGUUUGCUAUUUCGAUAGCAUGUUCUGAAGAGCUGGAGGUCGAGCCGUCGGGACCAUCGAAGAUCCGAUCCAUCUUGGGAUUCAACACUGGGGAUUCUCAGCCUGUUAUAGACCUCAGUGUUUGUAACAGCAUGAGAAGGUCAAUCUUCCACGGCUUGGCCAGUAAGGUUGCGGCUACUUCAGAAUCCCAAAACUCCGCUGCCUGGCAUGGCCUUAUUUGCGAAGUCCUUGCACACGUGACGGACGUUAAGGACUUGAGCCGAGAGGGCGACCGAUCUUUCAGGAUCCCGUGUGAACAAAUCGAUCGGAAGACCGCAUACUCGUCACUGAUAUCAGAAAGCAUAUGUUGGCAAGCGGUUUGCACGGAUUUGCCGGGGCAUAGCCGGUCAAAGCCGCUAGGCGCAGUUACGUCUGCGUGUGAGAAAUCAAUCACGGCAUGGCUUGAGGAUCUCCACAAAAGCGGUAUCGACUUGGUAGAGUACGGAAGGAAUGAAGGGUAUCUGUGGUAUCUGUACCAGGGACAAGAGAGGAAAUGGGAAGGUUCCCAAAUUCCUCUCGUGAUCCCCAGUGUCAAUGCGCACUCGGGUCCCACGGGUCCUGUGCUGGAGGUGGAGGAUAAAUAUCGUCUGGUACGAUCACUUCGUCUGAUCAGGUUUCAGUAUGGCGAGCUCCCAAAGGAUUGGAAGUUUUGGUGGAAUGAACCCUCGGAUGAGUUUGCAGGGGAUUUCUGGCGUCUUGUUGAAAUUGAUAGCACAACAGCAAACAUGCGUGUGCCGGGGGCAUGGAUCGACUGA